GGGGGUUCUGCGAGUUCCUUGCGCCGGGUUUGCCGUUCACGGGUCUGAAAAACAGAAUUCACUGCUUAGAGUACUGCUGCUACUACUACCAAUAGUAGGAUAAAAAAGGACAGAAUUUCCAGUGCUGGGGAGCUCCUGACCGACAGCCAAGGAACACAUCGGUGUAUACAAACAGUGUCUUUAUACUGUUACCGUGCUGGGGGACAUGUAAAUUCACGUCUUUGAUGCAUUAUUCAAACAUUCUUUUGAAAUUCCGGAUUUUUGGAAACUCCUGUGUCUCAGUCCUUCACACUCUGGCUUGCAUGCAUGAUAUCCUGGUUGUCAGGUCAAUACAUUUUACUUCUUCUUGUGUCUCCAUCUUGCUGUUUCGCAUACUCUGGUAAGAUUUCAGUAUGUUCCCCGUAAUUUUAUCAUGGUAGUCUCUAAUUGUCCUCCAGUGCUCUGGUUUCUGUCACGGUUAUCUUAUUACUUGGAUGGGUCGGUCAGUGGAUGGACUUACACUGUUUUCAGUCACACAAAAGCCUUUUUCGGAUCUGAUGUUUGGCUCAGGUCUAUAACAGUAUAUUCACCACACUAUUAUUUCUCUAAGUGAUACAUAGAUAUUAUAUUCAUUGCACUAUUGUUCUAUGAGCAAUACAGUGCAUACUUAAACUGAUGGAUUAUAUUAUACUAGCAUCCAGCUACAAAGAGUUAUAAUUGAUACUAUAUCGAAAUAGCUAUAAUCGCUAACAGCAUGCAUAGGCUAAUAGGUAAAGCCAAAGUUAUCGGGUCGUUUUCCACCCGGGCAGGGCAGGGAGCCCCAGCGGCCGUGCCGGCUGAGCUCGGUGUCGCCGGGCUGCAGGGCGCCGGGGCAGGGAAUGCGGGGACAAUGGCGAGCAGCCGGCGCUGCUGGCUCCUGGCCCUCGGCAGGCGCACUCGGAGCCGCAGCUGCCCCGGGCCAGCAGCAGGCGGCAGCUCGCAGCGCUGUCAGCGCCUGUCCCGGCACGGAGCUGGGCUGCAGCGGCUGCGGAGCCCCCGGGCCGGGGCUGCGGGCACCGCGCAGCUCCCGCAGGCUGCGCUUGUCUCCGCAGCUGCUGCCGCAGCUCUGGGCAGCGGGGACAGCGCAGCCAGAGCUGGCAGCGCCCUCCUGAGCCUCGGGCUGCCGCAGGGCCGGCACCAGCAGCGACCUCUCUGCGUGUCCCUUGCAGGGUGCCAGCAGCGCGGCUGCAAAGCUGCUCCCGAGGCCGAGCUCCCAAAGGAUCUGUCAGCACUCCUGAUGUCUGGGCAGCAAGGUGCUGAUUAUUCCAGAAAGAGAGAUUCUGGCUGUGAGCAGGAGGAGAGUGAAUUGUGCUCCAUUCGUGGAGUUGUGAAUGAGGCCCUGGACAACAGGUCAGAAACAGGGAACAGAUACAGAAGAUUGCUGGGUGAAUGGUUCAGGAGCCAUCCCGUGGGCACGGCGCUGCUGAUUCUGCUGCUCCUGGUGCUGCUGCUGGCUUUGGGGGUGGCCUUGGCUGUGCAGGCAGCAGCAGCACAGGGUCCAGUUAUGUCUGCGACCCUGCGGUGCUGUCCUUUUGACUGGGUUGGCUACAAGGGGAUCUGCUACUACUUGUCAAGGGAUUCCAACACCUGGGAGCAGGCUGAGGAACGGUGCUCGGAGCUCGGGGCCUCCCUGGCCAUUCUGAAGGAUGAGGAGGAGAUGGGUUUGCUCUUCCGCCUCCGCGGGAACGGCGAUUACUGGCUCGGGCUGCGCAGACGGGGCGAGCGCCUGCACUGGGGGGACGGCAGCAGCUACAGCUCCCGGGUUCCUGUCUUUGGCGAUUCCGAGUGUGUGUACCUGGCUGAGGAGAGAUUCAGGAGUGAGAACUGCUCAAAGGAGCGGCCGUAUGUCUGCAGCAAGGCCCAGGCUCCCCUGUGACAGGGGCUGCAGAAAGGACCUUCUCCACGCUGGGCAGUGCCAGCUUCACCUCUCAGCCCAGCCCAGGGCUGUCCUUGCUCAGCUGCACCCUGUGCCUUGCCCUCGCUCUCAGGGUCACCUCAGUGCCUCUUCAUCCAUGCCCAGUGCCAGCGCUGGGCUGGGUGUGCAAAGGAAAAGGCUCUGCAAUCCAUCCUGCCCCCGAUGCUGCCUGGAGUGACUGCAUUGCCCUCAUCACACAACAAGCUCCAAUAGGAAAUCCAAAUUGCCCUGGUGUCUUGUAAAUCAUCAUGAACUGGCCUGAAUGUGACACUUUUGUACUGUUCUUGGGAGUGGAAGAACAGCUGACAUGUGCUGAGAAGGAAUCCUGCUUUCGGCAUCAGGCCCCAGACUGUGAAGAAGGGUCUGUCAGCUGCUGGCUCUUUGUCCCUGUCCUGUUUGGAGAAGGAUUGUCAGAGCCACUGCUCGCUGCCUUGGCCAUAACCCAGCCCAGAGCUGCUUCUCCUGCUGUGGGGCGAGCCCAUGCUUGUGAGAGCAGCCCCUGCACGGGGCCCUCAUUGUCACCGUCAGUGGCAGCGGGCCCUGUCCCCCCUGCUCGGGCUCCCGGGAUCCUGAGCUCGCCUCUCCCUGCCCUGCUCAGACCUGGCUGUCGCUGCCCCGGCCCCGCUGCCUCUCGGGCGCUGCCCCGAGCUUUCACUGCUCUGUAGCCACCAGGAAUGGAGUGGUACAGAACUUUUGAACUUGGACAGAAAGUUCACACAGUCUUGUGUAUCUGUAUGCAAAUAUUGAGCUCAGGGAUGUUGACUUAGGAAAGCUGUGGAAUAGAGAUGAUAUUGUUGAGACGGAGAUUGAAUUAGAAAUAUGUUUUAGUAAAUUGUGAAAUAUGGCUCUAUAAAAAGAGUAGAUAUUUCAGAGAAUCAGAACUAUGAAAGAUGCAUUGUAAUAGGUCUACAUGAGGUAGAAAUAUGGAUGCUGGGUGUUCAAGUAAUGGCAGUAUUGUGUGGGAAAAGCCAAUAGCUUGAAAAACAUUUAUAAGGUAUUGUAAUUAGGAAAGAAGUUAGCUUUUAAUAGAAUAACACAAAGUUUUAUAUUUCUCAUCUUUCAUUAUUUAUUGAGACUGAUAAUAAAAUCUUUUAAAACA